AUGUGGUUCCAAAAACGUUCUGUUUCAACUGGAUUGGCGCUUACCUGUCUUAUACUAAUUACUACUUUUUAUGUUGCUUUUCAUACGAAUGAAUCUUAUAUUGAAUCAAAAACAAAUCAACUUGAUAAUGUUACGAUUCAUCCAGAACUAUUGUCACCACGUGUUCUCUGUCUAAUAUUAACAACGCCAAAAUAUUUUCUUGAUCGUGUAAAAGCGGUUAAUGAUACAUGGGGCCCACGAUGUGAUCGUUAUCUCUUCGUUACAGACUAUACACCACAAACAAUGACACCUGAACAAAUCAAUUUCACACAACAAAUACCAAUUGCACCCAUUCAGAAUAUUACACCUGGUUAUGAUCAUUUAACACAAAAAACAACAUUAGCUUUUCUCUUUGCAUAUGAAAAAUAUUUCAAUGAUUUUGACUGGUUCGUCAAAGCAGAUGACGAUACAUAUUUGAUUGUUGAAAACUUAAAAGCUUUUCUAAGUCAACAAAAUGCAUCUGAACCUGUGACAUUUGGAUAUAAUUUUAAGGUGAUUGUUCCAAAGGGAUACCAUUCAGGUGGAGCAUCAUAUGUAUUAAGUCGAGAAUCAUUACGAAGAUUUUAUGAGGCUCAUAAAGAUCCAACCUCCACGUGCCUUAAAGAUGGUGGUAAUGAAGACAUUGAAAUAGCUAGAUGUCUUCGUACUAAAGAUGUUUAUCCCGGUCAAUCAUUGGAUAAACAAAAUCGUGAAUUAUUUCAUACACUUUCAUAUACCGAUCAUUUUCGGGGUAAUUUUCCUGAUUGGCUCAAGAAAUAUGCUGAGAAUCCAUUACAGACUGGUGACAAUUGUUGUAGUGAUCAAACAAUUUCAUUUCAUUACAUUGAUCCCGAUAAAAUAUAUCUAAUGGAUUUUUUAUUAUAUAAAACUCGAUCCAGGAAUGUAUCACAAAGAAAAAAGUGA